AUGAGCUCGAGACAGCGCUCAAGGUCUCCUUCCUACAGGAGAUACUCCCCCUCCAACGCAGUGGAGCACAGCCCCCCUCCCCCACCCAGGCGCUACGACGACCAGCGCGAACGUGAUCACCAUCGCGUGCCACCACCGCGGGAUUAUGGUCGCGACAAUGGACGCGACAAUGGACGUGACCGCCGCGAUAGGGAUAGGGACGAAUACGGAGCGGGGCGUCACGGCUACGAUGACCGUAGACGAUCAUACAACGACUACCCCCGUCAGGACUACGACGACCGUGUCCCGCCGCCAAGGAGGUACGAUAACAACCCCCCAGGAGGCUACGACCGCCACUCCCGCGACAGGGACAGGGAUCGUGACUUCCAUGACAGCGACUAUAGUCGCGACCGGCGAGAUGGCGGGUCUGGUCCCAGAGGCCCGGAGGGGCCACCCUCUGAACCAUCGCGCGAUGUCAUCAUGCUGGGGCUCGAUGCCGAGCUGACCGACGCCGAGCUCUUGGGGUUCCUGCGUGCCGAGCACGGUGCGCGGGUCGAUAGCGCCAAGAUUGUCCGUGACCGCGCCACAAACGUAAGCAAGUGCUAUGGCUUUGUCCAGUUCAACAGUGUCGAGGAUGCGCAGCGGUUCAUGACUGCCAAUCAUCCGUUCGUCUCUAUGCCCAAGCUGUACCCGCACUCGGAACCCAAACGUGUCAAGAUUGACUUUGCCGGCCCUCGAACUGAGCACGCCCCUCCGCCACCGCCGGUGCCAGGCCCCAGCUCUGUGUCCAGCAACGCGGGGCACGACGGAACGCGCGAUAUCGGCACGCCCGGCAAAAACCAGCGCGUCCUCCUCCUCCGUGGCCUCAACGUGGGCACAUAUGUCGGCGAAGUCGUUCGCCGUAUCGCUGAGGAGAUCGCUCGCAUGCUCGGCCGCGACUUUGGAGUGCGUGAUGCCGAGACGAGCAUCGCUCGCGUCGUAAUGAUUGUGGGCCGCGACGUGCCCCUGUCUUGGGGCUUUGCGUUCGUCGAGCUCGUCACCCCUGAACUCGCCGCUGCACUUCUUCCUUUCCUCCUCGCCCCUCAACAACAGCCCAACGGUUUCCUCAUCUCCCAGGUUCCCGUUGCCGCGUCGUUUGCCAAUGCCAACGCGUUCAUACCAGCUUCUACCUCUGGACCAGGCCCUUACCUCGUCCGCGCAGCUGGUAAUGGUGGUAUCGGCGCCAUGACCAUGGCACAGCCCGAAGGCAUGUACUGCACCUACUGGCACCAGCAGGCUGGUGCCGUCGAGACUAUUCCUCCAGGUGCACCUGCUAUCCCUGCCCGUGGUUUGCCCGUGGAGCUGUCUCCUGAGACACGUGCGUUCCUCGGUGCACUGGCUGGCGUAGCACCCAGGUCCACAGGGUUGACUUUGACGCCGGCGCCAACCAACGGUGCUGGUAUCGAGGCCGGUGCACCGACCGGCGGCCUCGUCACAAACCCAAUGCAGCCCAUCAAGAUUGGUAUCAGCCUCGGUGGUGGUCUUGGCGGCAAGAAGCGCAAGGUGGAAGAGGACGGCAUUAUCCCAAUCACGACCAAGAACGUUCUAGCGGACGAUGACGACGACGGUGACCCCGGCAAGGACUCGGUGCUUUUGUCAAGGACCAAAGGUGCCAAGAUCAUUCCCCCGACGUCGACCAGUCGCAAGGUGAUGAAGAACAUCAACAAGUGGAACACCAAACAAGUCGAGCUGGCCAAGCCUGCGCCGCCAAGGGAACCUCCUCGCGCACCAGUCUCAUCUGCCAACGCCACCCCUGUUGGAAACCAGCAGCCUCAGGCCGCGGCGACAGACGACGGCUUCGACUACACCGACAAUUCCAACUUCGCGACCACCGGCAAGGUCGCUUGUCUCCUCUGCCAGCGCCAGUUCAAGUCUGAGGACAUGGCACGCAAGCACGUCGCGGCAUCAGACCUUCACAAGGCUCGCAUAACAUUUAUUUACCUGGACCAUGCCGCGUGGAAACAGCGCAAGAACGCUGCCAUGGCGUCGACUGAGCCCAAGUAUCGCGACCGCGCAGCCGAGCGGCGCGAAGUGCACCACCAGCCGGACCGGCCCGCCUUUGAGCCCACCACCUUCCGUAGGGGUCCCCAACCCCCAGCUGGCGCUGCUCCAGCCCAGCCCGCCCAGCCUCCUCCACCGCCACCUCCGCCAGUCCUUGCAGCGGACGAUUCCAAUGUCGGGAACAAGUUGCUAGCCAAGAUGGGCUGGACGACCGGUUCGGGCCUCGGUGUGGCCGGUGAAGGUCGUGUAGAGCCUGUCAAGGUGCAGCAGUUUGACGAGCGCGUGGGACUGGGCGCCGCCAAGGGCCGCGAAGCCGGAAAGUGGUCUGGUCCGGCUGGAUGGCAGGAACGCAAAAAGGACAUGACCAAGGAGCGUUACGAGGCGGCAAGCGGGUCGGGCGAGCACUGA